AUGGACCCAUUCAGCCUCAUAGCGGGCACGGCCGGCCUUUUGCAAGGAAUAGCUGCAUGUGUCAAGCUAGCCAAGAAGCACGUCGGACCCUCCCAGCUCCCAGUCGCCGAGGCAGAGAGUCUUUCUCAAACUCUGUCCGAGUUUCACAUGGUGAUGAGCAACUUCAGGUCGUACCUAGAGCUUCGUGACGAUGAUGAGGUGCACAUGUCAUCUCUCGGAUACCUUCAGCCCAUCAUAAUCAGAUCCCAGAGCGCAGCCAAGAUUAUCAGGGACUACCUCGACAGCAAGCCUAUCUCUAAACUACUUCGAGGGUCAAAGUUUGACAAGGAGUUGAAGCCCUCGCUCAGGUUGCUUGAGAUUACUAGACAGCAUUUCAAUACGAUACUCCUUGCAGAUUCCCAGUACCGGGACGUAAGAAGAUGGCUUGGCGCAGAGCGAGACAACAACAGGAAUAGCGCUCUACACUCUGAGCAUCUCUCAACCCGACACUUGGGCAGUGGCGAGUGGCUGCUAAAACAUUCCGACUUCCAAAAUUGGUUGAAUUCAACACAUGAGCAGGCUUCUCCAAAUUUGUGGUUGAAAGGUUCACCAGCAUUUGGGAAAUCAUAUCUCUGCUCCACGGCCAUUGAUCACAUCGCCAACGAACAGAAAAGAGUCUGCGUCUACUACUUCUACCGCUUCGACGAUCAAGUGGUGGUCGACUCGGCGAGUAAAGAGUCUGGACUCUACGGUGUCCGAUUAACAGCCAUCCUUGUCGACCAGCUUUUCACACAUUUUCAGAGACGAGACAGCCGCGUCGCCGACCGCAUUGCCGCUUAUAUCGAGACCGCUGAGAUGAACAUUUCAAGUCUUACGGAAGUCACUCACCUCCUUCUCGAACAUGGACACCGCAAUUCACAAGAACAUGGGAUGAUAUCAGCUACAGAUCGAAUCAGCCUCUAUGUGUUCCUCGAUGGGUUCGGCGAGUCCAAAUCACUGAAAGCGGUGGAAAAGAUCUGGAGAUUAUUCAGUGUUCUUGGAAAGAAUUCCCUAGUUGAGCUGAAGAUCUGGAUCAGCUCUCAAGAUGCCGAUGGCUUGAGGCGGCUCCUAGACCUCAAUCAGACCCUAGUCAUCAACGCUGAUGAUCAUAACAAACCAGACGUCAACGGCUAUUUGGAAGAGCGGUUGUCAAAUUUGGGAGACGAGACCGAGAGAAACCAAGAAGUUGACGGAAAGCCAUGUGAGAGCCCAAUCCAACUUCUUCAGGCAAGCGUAGUCGGCCAGUGGGCUUUAGAGAAUUUACAAGAGAAGUCCAACGGCAACUUCCUGUACGCCAAACUGAUGGCCGAGAAAUUGACAGCCGGCGUCUUUAGUGUCUAUGACAUUAAGCGGCUCAUCACAUCCAUGAUUCCCAACGACUUGGCUGAAUUAUACCGGCGCAUUUACCUACAGUAUCCAGAGGACCAGCGCGAAUACAUCAGCCUUUUGUUCUCUAUUAUUGCUUUCGCCCGCAGACCUCUUCAUCUCGACGAGAUUCGAGAAGCCAUGACAAGUGAAUUAUCAGGUCCGGCCAAGGCAUUGGACCCGAUGAGAACCCCGAAGAACUUGCAUCGACUCUUUGCCCCGCUGGUUAAAGUGGAAUAUGAUCCAAACAGCCCUGAGAGUCCACUACACCGCCUCUGUCACUCGACUGUCAAAGACUUCGUCACAAAUAACCCGAAUGUGCUGUGUACAGAUGCACGAGGCCAAUCGGAAUAUGUAUUCACCAUCUCUCCAGCUAAAGUGGGAGAACUCGGCCUCCGCUACCUAUCUCGAAGCAGAUACUCGGCUCUGCAACCAGUGCCUAAAAAUUUCAGCUAUGUGCCUCCGUCUCGCCAACAUGACGACGCCCAGCAAGACGCUCUAUUGACGUACUGCGCGAAAUACUGGUGCCAUCAUUUAGAUGACCUAGAAGCAUCGCCCGAGCUACAAGCGAGAUUAUGUGACUUCCUCCAAUCGCCAAACUUUCAAACUCUUCUGCAGACGCAGAGUUUGUACGUCGAACACCAGUUUUCGCAAUUUUGGCAAAUUUCAGCCAUGGAGGCCGGAAUUGCCCGUUCGCGAUUUAUGUUCCGCCGAGCCUUCCCCAAGUGGCUCACCGUGCUUCAAGGGCUGGAGACCACUGAGGACGAGGCAGCGGAGACUUGGGAGUAUAGAAGUUGCUACCGACACUUUGUUAGCGAGUGGGGUUAUCUCCUGAGCCAAGGUACCAAAACCUGCACUGUGGACGGGUGCAAGAAGCUCGCGGGUGACUAUUUUCGAGGAGAAGUUGAUCGCUGCUUGUCUGGGCUCCUUGGCCCAAAUAACUUCAUGAGAAAUAUGAAAGAGAGGUACCGGAGUUUUAUGCUGACUCAAAACUCAUUUGAUUAUCAUCUCAACAAGGAGUUCUUCAUUGGUGAAGCGAUUUCGUCGUCUAACUUACAGUUUAUGGUUAUAAGUUCAAGUAAUCAGGAUGAAAUCCAUCUGCAAACAUGGGAUCUCAGCCAUCCAGCUCCCUUUGAGGUUGUAUCGACUGCCGUUCUGCCUGGCUCCAACAUUGACUUUCGUUCCAAUGCGGCAAAAUCUGUUGCCUUCUCGAGCGAGUUGGGCAGUUUCAGGUUUGGGAACACAAUACUUAGUACACUGGACACAACUGGCACGCCAAUUUUGCUGGACCAAACCUCAAGCGAGCAAGACGUGGACAGACUUUCAGCAGACUUGGAUCAAAGGCAAGACAUUAUCAUCAUCACCAGUCGCGACGUCCGUAAGCAGGCGAAAAAGAUAUCGAAGAAAAAAUUGUCAUUGAGGAUGCGUAAACCUGGAGUCUCCACCAGUCUUGCAGACGGCUCAGGCAGCGAUGGGUCAGGUUACAGCAGCAGCAGCAGCAGCAGUGAUGAUUUGAACCAUGAGGAUCUUGCCGACUCUGAAGAAGAGAACUCGGCUUACGAGUAUUAUAGCGAUGGGUCGACUGAACUUGACACGGAAGAUUUUGGCUCUGAUGGCUUAGAUAAGCCAUCGUCGUCCGAGAGUGAGGAUACAACUUCAGCAGAUGAAUCGGACGACGACAUCGACACAGCUUCUGAAAACUCGGACAGCGAUUCAGGCGACGAAGAAAAAACUCAACCAAGACAAAAGGUUGUCGUGAACUCCAGCAAACUAGUGGGCGACAAGGAUGAGAUCGAGGGCGACUUUUUCCAGCCAAAGAGUGACCGUCCAAGAUAUCCUGGCACGCCAGGGCGGUUCAUGGACCCGAGAGACCAGAUCACGGCGAGGGUUGCAAUCUACAGGGUCAGCACGGGUCCUCCAGAGCGUCUUUUUUACUACAAGCACCCAAUUCCUACUAUGUUGUACCACUCACCCCCGCUGCUACAUCCCACAGAGCCGUUGGCAGUUUGGCCGUUGGGUGGCGGCGAGGUACUUUUUGCCGACUACGAGCAGAACACAUAUUUCAUCCGGGCAAUGACUCCCACCACGCCUCAGACUCGACAGAUUUGCGUGAAGCCUCGAUUCUCCCCAGACGGACGACAUCUCCACAUUGCCAGCCUCGAGGGGCAGAUGGAAUCCGUCUCGAACCGGUGCACCUCAGCAGAGUGCAGAUCCAGUGCCUCCAAAGAGUUUAUUCUCUCGCUUUUAGUCACCACACACCGCCUGUCUGAACAAAAAACAACCCGAAGUCCUCCCCAGCUCAUACAUAAAGCCAAAAUCACCCUCGGCGCAGUCACCGGGCUUUCAUUAGCCAAGCUCCCCUUCACAUUUACGUGGACCGCAGACCACUUGCUGUUCUGCCCUAGUGGCACCCAACUGAAAGUCUUUCGAUUCGAGCUCUUCCGGCCUGCCCAGGGUAUGCCGGCCAUUCUCGUUCCACAGCUCCCCGUGAUGCUCCCCCGGUCCGCAUCGUGCCGGCAAGUUCACUAUCUCCCACGCGGAGACGGCAUGGGAGAUGACCGUCGAGGGGGCAUUGUCCUCAUUGGGAGUUACGGUGGCCAUUUCCAGAUACAGCUACGACACAGCAACACUCGGCUCCUCUUGCUUGGCAUGGGCAGCGGUGAGCUGGAGGCGGAGGACGAUCCACCACUAAACUACCCAUGCCCAGCUGUAGGCUUCUUCGUUGAUGAGGACCUCGACCUGGGUGGUUGGUGCGCUCCGAGCGAGGAGGCAGUCGUCACACACGCUAUGCAGACAAUCAAUCCGUUCUACGAGGGACGUCUUGUGCGGAAGAUGGAAUACUUUAACACCCAAGAUGACGUUGACCUAGAGGGUAUAUGUGAUUGGUGCAAUGGCUUUCUGACUUUCAGACCAGGCAAAUAG